AUGCGUUCGAUCAACCAACUCCAAGAGCAAACUCAAAAUCUGAAAGCUCAAGAGAAAGAGCAUCGUCGGUCCGCAUUGAUCCAGGAUCUACGUACCCAGCAACGUGAGCAAGAUCUUUUAAUUGACGUCCUGAAGCAGACAUUGCAGGAAAAAGCCGCCGAGUUCCAGGACUCACGAGCACUUGUGAACGACUUCGUGCUCAAGAAAACUGCUGGUGGUCCAAUGAGAUUCCGUCCGAAAACACGAGAAGAACUUGAGAACGAGCUUCAAGCACUUGGACAAAAUUUCCAUCGGACAGUGGAGAAACUCAAGCAAGAAAGUCAACGCAAUGCAGCGCCGAAAGAGGAAAAACCUCAUGAUAGCGACCACGAAGAUGAAGAUGAGAAAACGGAGGAGAAGGAUGUUAAUAACUAUAACGACCAGAUCGUGCGAAAGAAGCACAAAAUUGCGUUACUAAGAGAGCAAUUAGAGCGUCAACAAGCAGACAAUGUUGAGUUGGUCCAAGAGAAAGAGGAACUGGCUGAAAAAUACUUGCAAGUACAAGAAGAGACACAAUUUCUACGAGAUAUCACGAUAGAGGACGCCGGUGCAAAAGAUGAAGAGCGCUUACAGCAACUUGAGCUCAUUCAAACGCUACGAUCUCGAGAACUAGAACUCCAGGAUGAAUUGGAACGACAGCAGAAGAAAUGGGCCACAGAUCGCGACACGGUACAUCAGCGCCUUCGAGUACUGGAGAAGGAGAAGAAGAUCGCGGAGGAAGAAGUUGAACGAGGUGCAACAGAGCUGACGAGUCUUCAGAAGAAGAAUGAUGCAUUGCAACAAGAAAUUCUCGAGUUGAAAGUGGCAGUACAAGAGGAACAGGACCAGAAAAUUGUAUUAUCCAGCAGAGUUAAGGUGGAGUUUUCAACCUGA